CGAAUACGCAUGCGCAAAUAGUGUUUUCGCGCCGUGAACAUCGUAAAGGCCGGCAGUUAGAAUCGAACCUCUGCACGUGUCGGUUAUCCUUUUAUCAUUUUAUAAUAGAAAAAAAAGUUUUGGUGUCGAGAUGUUUUAUCUGUUUUGUAUUUCAAUAUUUCUAUACAACAUGAAUUACGUAUUGUGUAGUUGAUGUUGAUUCACGGAAUAAUUUUUAAUCGAACGUGCAUAAUACGUGUGAUCGCUCACGCGUUUGAAGCAUGGCUAUCAUGCAAUCCUGUUGCUGUUGGCGGUCCGUAAGAAGAGGUAGCUUUGCUUGUGCUAUUUAUGUUGGGAUUUACUUUAUCGUAUUGGCGCUAACCACGGGUAAAGUGCUCCAGGGGGAGAGUCAAUAUCUGCGGGGGAAUCGUUCGUUGCCGGAAUCCAGCAGUUUCCUAGAAUCGGAUACCAUAUCCCCCACGACGGUAUGGUUUAACGUGAUGCUGUUUAUAUGCUCGUGCUGCGGUGUAAUUUGCAACAUCCUGCUUCUCUAUGGCCUCUAUAAGGAUCAACGUGUCUUUCUCGUACCCUGGAUUAUCGUUGUCAUCACGACCUGUUUCGUCGAUGUGGCACAUUCCUUAUACUUGUUUAUCGUUGCUUCCACUUUUGACCCGACAAAGGUGAUGCUAUAUACGUUGAACUUCUUCCUUUUCUGCCUGAACAUAUAUUCCGUGUUGUGCGUGAUCUCCCAGUAUCAAGAAUAUGUGGCCGGUCGAGGCACUGCCGCGGACGACUACGAAUACAGGGUCAGUAUUCUGAGACUCUCUCAACGGAAACAGGAACGAGAUAAGGGACGAAAAGUUCCAGCAGUGAGAUAUGCCGUUCAACCGCCAACUACAACCGCUACGUCUUGCCUGAGUUCUCGUAGGGCGGCAACCAACAACGAAACCAAAGCAACCGCAACGCCAACGCAGAGCCCUACCACGGCUCAGAACACCCUCUCCUUGGAUAAGAGUCCUGUCACAGGACGAUCAUCGAGAAAACACGUUCAAUUCCCUGACACAACGUCCGAUAAUCGGAAGGGAAAAUCCGAAGUUCCAAUCACGGUGUUGGUGCUUAAAAUGGAACCAGAGAACGAAUACACGACAUCAUCGUCCUCGUUGAAAUUCGAGGAAACUAUGACGAUCGAUCAAGUUCUUCGAUCUCAGAAAACCAGCAAUAGCCAAGAUACCUGAAGUGUCCAAAGAAUCUAUCUUUGUAACCGACUGUGAACUCUUAAUGGCAAGAUUUUCUUAUUGCCAUUUUAUUGCUGGUACUUUCUACUUGCGAAUGGUCCAACAUCGCCAAUGAAUAAUUUAUCUUAAGGGAUGUUCUCAAGUUGGUCUGUAUGUGAGAUAAGAGAAUUAAGAUCAUCAAUGCGUUAGUUCGCUCAAAGCAAUUCGUAUCACUGAUUUAAUAGAUUUAUCAACUUUGCGAGUUUCAAAUAAUGGUAUGUCUCGAUUCGAUUCUUUAACGGAUUCUUCGUGUUUCUCUUGUUUACGAAAUUCGUAAUAGGAUAAAUUUGUACAUUUGGAUAAAUUGAUUGGGAUUGUCCAAAUGAUGAGAUAAUUAUCUCGUGAAAAACUGUCGUUCGUCGUGUUUUAUGCAAAGAAUAAUAACGUGAGAUUGAUGACUUAUUGGCACACGAGAAUGAAUUGAAAUGCUAACAUAUGUUCUUUGGGUUAUCGCGAUAGCCAUAGUGUAUAGAGUGGUCAAAGGCGAUCAAAUCGAAUGUAACGAUAAACGUUUACACAACCGUCGAUCAAUAUUGACACCAUUCUAUUACCGCUAUAAUGAACAUUGAUCUUCCAAUUGAAGAUGGACGCUUCGAUAACACGUGAACUAUUUCAGGAGAAACAAUAGCUUAAUUCUCUGUUA